UAUACACACAUCUCUCUACAUUGACAUUUUGUAUCUAAAGUACUCAGUGACAAUGAUCUCCACUUCUCUGUACAUUUGGUAUAAUUUAUUUUUUCUGAUUUUUAACAGUUCAUCUGAUUCUUGUUUGAAUGAGAAAAAAAAAUGUGAAAAUUUUAUAGUAUUAGGUUUCUUUUCUUUUUUUUCCCUUCAAUUUUCUUGGGAUUGCAGAACAGAAGUUGAAGAUUAGAUCAAGAGCUCACGUACUCGAACCCUAGGUCUCCACUUUCUCCGAUAAACCGAAGGAUAAUUCACCCGUUUUCAACUUUUCUCUGAUUCUUCGACAAAAAUCAACAUCGAUUCUUCGUUUUCAUCUUUUCUUUUUCGAUUGUUUCAUCCGGGAGGAUUAAAGUAUUACAGAUUUGAAAUCGGAUUUUCAAACAUAAUUAAUCCAAGGUAAAGAUUUCAUGAAUAUUUCAAUCUCUCUUUCUUUCUUGUUUGUAUUGAAUAUUUUGAGAUUAGGUUUGGUUAAAGAUAAGGAAAGAUCUUGUUUCGGAUCUGGAAAAUUCUUCACUGCACAAAAAGGUUUCCUGCUUUCUAAGUUGAUCAAGUUCUAUAGAAGAAGUAAAGAAGAGGAAAAUGUCUUCAACAACCUCUCCAUGUGCAGCGUGCAAAUUUCUCCGGCGAAAGUGCACGCUAGAGUGUGUGUUUGCACCAUAUUUUUCGCCUGACAACCCCCAGAAAUUUGCUAAUGUUCACGAAGUUUUCGGGGCGAGUAAAGUGGCAAAACUUCUCAAUGAACUCAACGCCAGCCAACGAGAGGAUGCCGUUAAUUCGCUGGCGUAUGAGGCCGAAUACCGGCUUUGUGAUCCUGUUUAUGGCUGCGUUGGCCUAAUUUCUACUCUUCAGCACAAGCUGAGGCAAGUCCAUAAUGAUUUGGCUACUUCAAAGAAAGAAUUGGCUACUUAUAUUGGGCCUGCAGCCAUGCUUCCUAUGCUGAAUCUGCAGCAGCAGUAUCCGAAUUAUGGGGCUUCGGCUUUUCAGGCGAUGCCGUACAAUAUGCAACCGAUGAUGGCUAUGCCUACAGGAGUUUCACACUCGGCGCAGCUGAUGAUUCGGGAUCCCCACCAGCAGCAGCAGAUUCUUAAUGCGCAGCAAAUGGCUGCAGUAACUUAUGAACCGCACCAACACCAGCAGCAGGAUGAUUUAGUGAGGUAUAAUGGUGGGUUCGAUAACGCCGGAGGGCCAGUGAUUGCCACCGGAUUUGCUCAAAUCUCAGAUGAAAAUGCUAUGCCACCGCCUUCUUCUUCGGCGUUGGGUUCUUAUGAAAACAACCCUCUACAUCACAUCCAGCAGGAGGCACAGGAUCACUCACAUUCUCACCAGCUUCAGCUUGAGCCACAGCCACAUGAGUUUUUCCUUCAGCAACAGCCGCAAGAGAAUGCUUCUCCUCAUCAUCAUCUACAGCAGCUAAUUCAGCUGCAGCCUGAGGAACCACAGGCAUCACACUCGCAGCCACGGCAGCAACAAAGAGCACGGAGUGAAGAGGGCAGGAGCGUUAAUCCUUCGUGUUAAAAUGAAUAUAUUGUCAAAAGGAACUGCCCUUUAUGCUUUAUUCUUUCUACAAAUAUUUAAUCCAGGUAAACUCUCCUCCAUCUUUCUAUUCUU